UUAGUAACCAGAAGAGAAACAAAACGAGGACAAGAGCACAAUAGAUGAGAGAGACAAGAAGGGAGGUGUCAGGCGAGGCAGGACAGUGCGGAAGCGACGGUGAGUCGUCCGCAGUUGGUAUGCUUACGUGAUCCUAGGCAGCGUUUUCUCCUCUCAUUGUCACUCCCAUCCUCCUCGUCGCCACUGACAUCGACAGCGGCUCUUUCUCUCUCCCCACCACCCUGAUCGUCCUACUCUAUUCCUUUGUACCAUUUUCUGCCUUUCUGUCCUUAAUUACGGCUAAUAGUUUUCGACUCGAGUAAGUUUACACGGAACAUUGUUCGCUUACAUUGCGCUCACAUGCUUCUUUUAACCUAGACCAUUGCCGUUCAGAUACCCCUUAUGCCUGCUACAGUCACUUCACCCGUUCGCGUCAAAAGUCUCAAGAUCAAGGAGAAAGGUGUCAGUGGCCACUCUCGCUUAAAGAAGACCAGAAUUGUCAGGCGGAGGGGUAAAGCACACGAUGGAAUCGACAGCGAUGACGAAAUUGAGCGGGAGGCUAGGACGGACUCUGACACUGACGAGGACCAAUCCAUUUCUUCCUCCGAGUCCGAUCUCGAAUCCGAAUCCGACGACGACAACCAUGCCACUCGCUCAGAGGUCGUUACACCAACCACAACACAAAGUCCUCCUCCUCUUUCUGUUGUUCCGACCAAGCCUACGCAAUUGGAAACCACAAUUGUGAAUGGUGAAGCUGGCCCCUUUGUUGGCACUACCGAUUGGGCACAAAUGGUCGCAGAUGAGAACGCUCACGGGGCCAGUGACUUGCCUGUCAUUGACUUUGCUGACCUUAAUGUGCAUCCGAUCAGCCAUCCCGUGGCGCUUGAGCCUCGCCCCCGCAAGCAGAAGGCAUCCAAGAAAGCGCCACGGGCACCUAGUGCUGAACCUGUACAAGCACCACCCGUUCUUGAGGCGCCGCCUCAAACAGGUGACCACCAGCCAGCACCUGCGGAGGAAGGGCCAAUUGCUUCCACCUCCAGGCAUUCAUCACGGGAACGUCAAGGUUCAUUCCGUUCCCGAGGCCAAACUUCAAGACAGGCGUAUCAGCAGCGACUCGAAUCUGAUCCAUCCUUUGUCCCCAAGGUUGGGGAGUUCUGGGGUCAUGACGACCGACUUUUGGACAAGGAUCUUCGCAGUCUCAGCGGAUGGUGGAGAGGUCGCUGGCAAUCCCGCGGCCGCGGGAGAGGGUUCCCUAUACGUGGCCGAGGUGGCAGGGGAGGCUUUUUACCUGGUCGACCGCCUCACCAAGGUCAAGGCGACGAACUUAUCAACAGCGCUCCUGUCGAUGUCCCUCCCAUCGAACGUCCUUGGACGCAUGAUGGAUUUGAGGAGAUGAAGAACAAGGAAGACCGCCGUCGUUCAGAGAUACGGCAACGUGUCGAAGCAGAACGCCAGGAGCGCUCUGAAAGUCGACAGAAGCAGGGCUCACCUCAUCCUAGUAAUUCGUCCCAGCGAGGGUUACCUUUCCGAGGUCGUGGCGGGUUCGUUACACAGCGGGGACGUGGGGGUUUCACUCGCGGGGUUUCGUCACCAGCUGGUCGUCCCUUCAUUUUGCCUCCAGGUCGGGUAUGGUACGCGAUGAAACCCGAGAAACCAUUCACACAGCAGCAUGAUUCGUUCCUAUACUUCGAUCCGUCUUUGAAGCCACGACCAGGCCAAGGAGCCGGUUUGCGUAUCAAGCUUCCUGGUCGCGAGCCUCUGGUGAUCCGUACACCUCCACGAUCUUCACAUUCUGCCAAGCCGUCUCUCGCGGGGACUGAUACUGCCAGUGUUACUACUGGAAGUGAAUGGUCAGACCGGGUCUUCACCGUUCGAAUUCCUACCCGGCCAGAUGUUGAGAAGGCACAAGCUACGACAUCUACUCACGUUAGCGAUGUUGUAGUGGCGGAAGAGCUCAAGGGCAUUCGAGAGGAGCUCUCGAUUGAUGAAGUGUUCACGGUUAGGCCGCACGCCGGACCUCAGCAUGUUCCUCUCGAGAUUCCGCAGUCUGUGAAGGCUGAGCAGCCUGCCGUUACCAUGCCUGCUCAUCGUCAUACUCAGUCGAUCGCCUUAUCAAGCCCUGCCAGGCCUAUAUCGUUCCUGCCAGAACCAGAGAUUCAGCAACAGCUAGAGACCAUUAUAGUUCAACCACCGGUUGAGUCUUCUGUUGUCAGCGUAAAUAUCGAGGAGACAGUGUUGCGCAGGCCUCAGUCAGCAGGGGAAAUCUAUGCGCCUGUCCCUCAGGCUUCACAGGAAGAGUCUCGACCGGGGCCCCCCGUUCUCCCUCCUAUCCAGACUUCUUUCUCUCCCGUCCCCCAGGCCUCUCCUCCUUUCCAUGGCUCUCCAUAUGGAUAUCCACCUGCUCUACCGCCUGGCGUUGCGAUGAGCCAGCUCGGCUACCCGUAUGAAGUUGCCACUGGUCGACCCGUCUACAUCCAACCUACUCCUCCACCUGUCAUGUACAAUCCCCGUCCUAUGAUGCAAGGACAUAUGCAACAGCUAUCCAACGGUGGCGUGCCCUUCGUGCCUGGCCAUAUGCACCAUCCUUCAUCCGUAAGCUCCCCGGACUUCCUUGCCCAACCUCACACCCCUCCUGUCAACGGAUUCAUCGACCCCUCUACUGGUGUCCCGAUAUUCGCACCUCCUAGACAGAGCAGCCGGGUUGAGAUCCGCGCGCCUUCUGAUCGUUCUGAAGGAAAGGGAACGUCAUCAAGAAACCCACCAGGUCCCUCGUCUUUGAGGACGUCUGUAAUUGAACCGGAGACGUUUCAGAAUGAGAAUGAGGUAGAACCAUCGUACAUCGCUCAACCUUUUGAGCCGGUCGGUGGUGAUUCAGGUGCCGAACCUCGUGAGGAAGCCGCUACGGACGCAGAACAAAGCCAGACUCUCUCGCCUCCGAUGAUGCCCUACAACCCAUACGCUCAACCCUACUACUACCCGGAAGGGUACGGCUACAAUCCCUAUCUGGACAUGUCGCAACCUGUCAUGCAUUAUGAGAUGUAUCCUGCGGAUCCGAACAAUCAACGUGGACAGUCUCAACCCAUUCUCUAUUAUUAAUCGCUGUUGUUUUUCUACAUUCUCACUUUUUUCUCGCCCGUCAUCAGGUUCAUGCCGUCUGUUGUUUGUUGUUUUCUCUGCUGUUUUUUUCACUGCUCCAUCAUGUCUCGUCUUGCAUACAAUUAUAUCGUACAUACAGACUUAGGUACAUACGCUCCAUACACACAUCCCCUCGUCAUUAUUGUUCAUGCUUCCUCAGGUUUAUACUCGUGUUCCUUUUUGUCUCAACGAAUUCUGCCUCGCAUAUGGUCGUGUUCGAUGUUGUUCCAUGAUUUAAAUUUCCCUUUGUGACUCACUGCAUCAUAUUCUUUUCUGCUGGUCUCUUUCAUGUUUGUUGUAGGCUGGUGUGUCGAUUGUGAUUGAAAUUCUUCUAUGAGAUAGUAUUCUCAUCACUCAUGCGUAUAUAUAAACAGGUCGUCGAAGCAGAUUUUUGAUUCUUUGGUAUACAAAAUCUAGGGCGCAAUCAUCAUGUAAGUUCGGGAAGAAAAUGCAAGGGAUCUAU